AUGCGCUUUGUCAUCAUCUCCGCCGCGCUCAUCGCACUCGUUUCAGCCGCACCCGCCCCCACGCCGGCCGGUGACGCAGUGAACGUGGUCAUGCUCUAUGGCCGCGAUUGGGUUAGAGGAGGGCCGACGAUUGACUGCAGCCACGCGAGGGCCGUGGCGUGUGCAGAAUCGUGUCGCAAGCUCGGGUACGCUUACCACCAGUGUAUCAUCGGUUCAUACGGCGGUUGCUACUGCCGCCCCGGACCGCCCGGCGGUAACGGUGGCGGCUCUGCUGGGACUUGGAAAAGGUCCAUCGAGACUGGCGCGGCUCGCGCUGCGUAA